AUGUAUACUUUUAGAAGAAAUUCACUGUCCUUGUCAGACAUCAAAGCACUAAGUGUACUCCCUGACGAGCGACGUUACCUGCAAACGAAGCAAAAGAAGAAGACUUGUAACCCUGUUUUCGAUGAGCACUUCGGGUUCACUAAUUUAAGGAUAAGUAAUAUAGAGAAGUUAUCCCCUGAGAAUCCUCUUCGGUGCGUGAGCGAGCGCAGCCUCCGGGUGAGCGUGUUCGACGGCGGCAGACACAAGCGGCAGGCGGCCAUCGGGCACGUGAUCUACCCCCUGGCGCAGGUGCCCGCCGACUCCGCCGCCGCCGUGGCCGCCUCCAACGGCUCCACCACCAACAACAUCAUCGUCAGAGAUCUGUCCAGGCAGUGCUAUCCCCUAUGCUAUUUUCCAUGCAACAUGCAACGGCAAUACUCCAUACUAUCUCCACAUGCAAACACCCCACUCCUCUCUCGAAACAUUCCAUAUUCCUUUAACAGGUUUUUCAUACUCUCAUAUGCUGUAAACGACGGCGAGGUGGUGUCGUGGGUGAAGGUGUCCCUCAUGAACCAGCGUCGGGCGGUCAAGACGAAGAAAACAACUGUGGUGGCGGCGUGCGAAGAGCCUCAGUACAACGAGUCCUUUCACUUCAGACCCCGCCCGCCCUCGAGGGGGUCCACCUCACCCUCCAGCUGUAUGUGGCGUCGAGCUCCAACUCUAAGACCUCUCCUAACUGCCCCUAACAUCCCCACAGGUCGUCUCGUAGGUCGCGUCAUCAUCGGAUCCUUCAUGUUUGCACGAGGCCGAGCCCUGAACCACUGGAAUGAGGUCCUCUCGACGCCCAAGGAACCCAUACAGUUCUGGCACUCUCUCACGGAGUAG